GUGAGUAUUUAAAACAUUAUAAGUAAAAUAAAGUUAGUGCUCGUAUAGAUUUAUUAACUCAAUAACAGCCUUAACACAAUGUCACAUAAUUCACCUGUAAUAAAAGCCAAGAGGAAGGCGAUCAGUUUAGAUACUAAAAUUAAAAUUUUAGAUCAACUUACAACAGGACAAGGAGCAACGGCUGUAGGAAAGCAUUUUGGUAUUCAUGAAGCUACCAUAAGAACGAUCAAGAAAAAUGAAACUGCGAUUAGAAAAUCGGUAUGUUCUGGAACGAAAAUAAGUGCUAAAUCAUCGUCAUACAUAAGAGAUGUUGUCAAAGAGAAGAUGGAAAAAGCUUUGGUAAUGUGGAUUGAAGAUAAAUCACAAAAAAGAAUACCAGUAGAUGGAAUUGCUAUCAAGCAAACUGCAUUAAGAAUUUAUAAACGUAUUAAAGAAGUUGAGCCAGGCACUUCAUCUCAGUCAAAACAACCCGAAUUUUCUGCAAGUACAGGUUGGAUGACAGGUUUUCUUAAACGACAUGCUCUCCAUAAUGUAAAAAUUAAGGGAGAAACUGCGUCUGCAGAUGAAUUGGCUGCCAAAAAAUUUCCUGAAAAACUUAGAAAAAUUAUUGAAGAUGGAGGAUACACCCCAGAUCAAGUUUGGAAUGUAGAUGAAAGUGGCCUCUUUUGGAAAAAAUGCCGAGCAGAACUUAUGUUGCAAAAUCGCAGAAAACUGCCGGUGGUUUAAAAGUAGCAAAGGACCGUGUAACAUUGUUGUUUUGUUCCAAUGCUUCAGGAGAACGUAUGUUAAAACCACUGCUAGUAAAUCGUGC